AUGUCCGACGCAGCAACUAGAGCAGCUGAGACUCUCCGUUCAAAGCAGAAGCCUCUAAAAGACAAGUACCGAUCUGACCCUUCUUCCGCUCUCGUUACCCUGUCCUCCAGCGGCACUCUCGACCCUACCUCAUCCAGCCUCACAUGCUCCCUUUCAACGAGCACAGCUGCGCGGAAAGUGGCCGGGCUCCAUCGAGCCGCAGGUGGAGAAGGGUUCGAUGCUUGCGGUGAGUUGUGCUCGGGGGACAUGCUGCUCGAAUCAUUGGUGGCUUGCUUUGGUGUCACCGUUCGCGCCGUGGCCACGAGUCUAGGGAUUCCCAUCAAUAAUGGAACAAUCACAGCAGAAGGAGACCUGGACUUUCGCGGGACAAUGGGUAUCAAAGAUCCCGAGGGCAAUGCUGUGCCAGUGGGAUUUACCAAGAUCAGGCUCAUCGUGCGGGUCGAUGUCGACGAAGAGCACAAGUCAAAGGUGGACAAGCUGGUCGAGCUGAGUGAGAGGUACUGCGUGGUUCUGCAAACGUUAAGAGGAGGCGUCAAGGUCGAAACCCAGCUAGGGCACGUAGGCAACGUGGUUCCUAGUGCACGAAGGGAUGGAGAUGAAGCGGUCAACCAAGGCAAGGGGGAAGGCAUGUCGGACAUUCCGCCCAAUGAAGAUGUACUCAAGGUGAACUGA